AAUCCUCACCUCCACACCGCACACUCAUCUCUCAAACCCUCAUUUUCCUCUGCUUUCAGCUGUUCUUCAACCCCCGAUUCUCUCUCAUCCACACUAAUUUCCUAUUUCUUUCACACAAUCCGUGUGUUUUGCUCUCUGCAACCAUGCUUCUCAAAGGUUCUCCAGCCUCCUCUCACUUGAUCACUCGCGGGGAGAACUUGGGUCCUCUGUUUUCCUCUGCUCCAUCUUCAUCUUCGUCCAAGCUUUCGUAUUCGUUCUCUCCUCUGAACUCGUUCACAUCUCUGAAUUUGAUUCUGCGGUUCCCUCCGACGAGAAAUGAAGGUGGGGUUGUGGUCUGUGCGUCCAAGAAUGCGAAUAAUCGGCCCCUUACCGGUGUGGUUUUCGAGCCAUUUGAAGAGGUGAAGAAGGAGCUAGAACUCGUACCUACUCUUCCACAAGUCUCUCUUGCUCGCCAGAAGUUUACCGAUGAAAGUGAGGCAGCCAUUAACGAACAGAUCAAUGUGGAAUACAACGUCUCCUACGUUUACCAUGCCAUGUUUGCCUAUUUCGACAGGGACAAUGUAGCGCUCAAGGGUCUUGCCAAGUUUUUCAAGGAAUCGAGUGAGGAAGAGAGGGACCAUGCUGAGAAGUUUAUGGAAUACCAGAAUAAACGCGGUGGAAGAGUGAAAUUGCAGUCUAUUUUGAUGCCUGUUUCUGAGUUUGAUCAUGCAGAGAAGGGAGAUGCUUUAUAUGCAAUGGAGCUUGCAUUGUCUCUGGAGAAACUGACAAAUGAAAAGCUGCUCAACUUACACCAUGUUGCUGAGAAGAACAAAGAUGUGCAGUUAACAGAUUUCGUUGAAAGCGAGUUUUUGACUGAGCAGGUGGAAGCCAUCAAGAAAAUAUCUGAAUAUGUUGCUCAACUAAGGAGAGUCGGCAAAGGACAUGGGGUUUGGCACUUCGAUCAGGCACUGCUUCAUGGGGAUGGAGCCGUUGAUGCAAUUGCUGCGUGAUGAUGAAUCUAUUGCCUUUCUUUAUUGGUUACCAGUUUGAAGGUGCUUGCGUGGUCUGUUGUGCUGAUGGUUCUUGUUUAGAGAUUUUUGAUUGUGUGGUUAGAACCUUGGUUCUUGUUUAGUCGAGCUAGUUAAAAAUGCAGCAUAUGAACUUUAUCCUUCUAUUAAAGCAAAACCUUAGCGAAAUAUAUGAGCCUGUUUGUUUCUA